ACUCAGAACUUCGUUCCUCUUUCGGACUUUGAAUUACAGUAAAGCAACGAAAUCUUCCUUAUAACCGCUAACUUGACUUGUACAGACGUGCAGCAAAACUGCUCAGCGCUUACAAGUCCUCUUGACUGCGUUGCGGGUCGCGCAGGCAUGCUAAUGUCCAUAUAGAAAGGCCAUCUUUGGAGCGAGGUUCGCGCGUGAGGAGGGGGAUAGCAGCGAGCUGCGACGUACGGAUUGUAGAGGCGGGUGCAUAUCUUUGACCAUCGCUGAGAACUCCUCAAUGACUGUGCGGUCGUACCGUGAUCUUGUCGAGAAAGUCGGGACAUCAUGCCUAGCUGACUUGAGUCCCGGCAAGAUUGUGGUCAUAUAUGCAGUCGUUACUUCGUUCAAGCCGCCGCGGAAGACAAAUGGAACCGACCACGUUUUGAAUGUCAGCCUAGCUGACCCAUCGCUGUCAUCAUCACGGGCCGAUGAUCUUGGAGUCAAUAUUUUUCAUCGAAGGGAGGAGCUUCCUGCAAUUUUGGGAACGGGGCAGGUUUUGAAGCUGCGCGUGAAGGUUCAGAUGUACAACAACAAAAUGCAAGGGUUGAAUCCGAAAUUCGAUAGCUACUUAGCCGAAACCCUUGAGGAUGCGACGGCAAGGUCACUGGGGGAGAGGGAGAUACUGGCUUCUCUACGAGACUGGUGGGCAGCCGAAUCCGCUCCACUACCUCAUGGUAUUCCGGCAGCUACAAAUCCCAUACCACGGCCGAUGUUGCAAGGGAAGAGGCCAACACUGCAGAUAGACCAAGUAAAAACCGCCAACCACUUUUGCGAUAUGUUCGCGCAGGUUGUCUACCUCUAUCCGGUGGCACCAAACGGUCAACAGAUAACGACACUUCUGACUGAUUAUACUGAGAAUCUGGACCUUGGCCUCCCAGAUUCACUUCCACCGUCUAUAUGCAUCCCAGCUACGACGUCCCUCCUAGCGUGCACUUUGUGGGACGAACACGUUGAAAGAAUGCAGAAUGUUCAGGCUGGCACCUUCAUAUUCCUGCGAAACCUGAGAAUCAAGCCGGGUAGGUUUGGCCUGGAAGCAGCCAUGCAUGGAACGCGCCAGCCGGGCGAAUCGAAGUAUGGUGUCACUGUCCUUGACGCCGACGACCCAGGCCUUGAAGCUUUGCAUAACAGAAAGGAGCUUCUGUUGGCUUCAUUCAACCGUGACAGGUCGUCGCGGCCGACAUCACCACCGUCAAUGAUAUUGCCGCCGCCACCUCCAUUAGCCGCAAAGCCAUUCACACCGCUCUCGUCUGUGAUCGCAAGUCGCGGCGGGGACGAAGUGUUUCGAUGCAACGUUAAAAUCAUCGACCAUCUGCCGCGCGAUGUCAAGGACUUUGCGCGGCGAACUUGUCGCAGCUGUGUCGAAAGCUCCGGUCCGAGAGAUCCUGCAUGUGAAGCCUGCGCAUCAUCGCAUUCCUACGCAUUUUGCUUCUCUUUGAUGCUCGUUGAUGAAACCGCAUGCAUCCCCGCAACAAUAACUCAUGGCGCUGCGGAACAAUGUCUCCGCAUACGAGCAACGGAUUUAAGCUCGAAUCCCGUCGCAUUGGCGCAAGUUGCUCAAACGAUGCAAUCUCUGGUGCCAUUGUCGCCACAAGUUGCCGACGGACAUUCAGGUGGAGAGGUGGAAUGUCACUUGAUGUCUUCCCCUAUCGAACAGGCAGGACCUCGGUAUCGAAUAGUGAGAAUACAGAAUUGACUUCAAGACCGUGGGACGCAGAUGGGGCAUUCGCUUGACAGCAAGGCGCUUAAUGAAGAACUAGAUCUUGGGUUGUUUAGCUAUAAGCCCAUCUCCAAUCCAUUUGUCAUUUGUCGGCGUAUGGGCGCACUUUAGAAUUCAGAUCGUACUUGGUUCAUCAGUGACAGUUACAUACAAUGGAGAUUGCUAAACGGGGAAAAUUGCCAGGUGACAGAAGAUCACAUCAUGAUAAUAACGUCUAUGAACGUUCAU